AUGGCCGACUCAAGUCUUACGACUGAGGCACUCGCUCAGACUAAGAGUCUGGGGAAAUUUAUACCCGGAUGGGAUCCUAAACUGCUGGGUACUCGAGACCCCAACACAAGGACCAUCAUCGAAGAUGGCAUUAUACAGGACUUGGAUAUUGCCAUCUCUGUCAGGGAUGGUACAGUGCUUAGGGGCAACAUAUAUCGUCCUCAGAACCGCCGGAACGAACGCCUGCCUGUCAUCCUCAACUAUAGCGUCUAUGGCAAAGAUGGCGCUAUUGACAUCUGCGUCUUUCCACCGGCCUCUGGACUGGAUACUUCUCGCAUUUCCAAGCUCUACCUUUUCGAGGCAGCAGACCCUGGUUGGUGGUGUCAGCAGGGGUACGCCGUUGCGUCCGUCGACGCCAGAGGGUCGCAUCAGUCAGAUGGAGACAAGGGUUACUACAGCCGUGAUGUCGGCCUCGACGGCUAUGAUGUUGUAGAAUGGCUUGCCAGACAAUCAUGGAGUAAUGGCAAAGUGGCGCUUUACGGGGCCAGUGGGUAUGCCAUGGUAAUCUGGCUAACUGCAGCUGAGAGACCACCCUCACUGACGGCUAUCAUUCCUAUUGACGGAAUGACGGACCUUUACCGCGAGAUGACAUUCAAGGGAGGGAUCCCUGAAACGCAAUUCAGUGGCCUGUACCCUGUAUUCUGGAACUGGGGCCGCAACCACGUGGAAGAUGCUACCUAUGGUGGACUCGAGCAUCCCUACUUCGAUGACUACUGGAAGAGCAAGUUGCCCAACCUCAAGAACAUCCAAUGUCCUACGUACAUCAUCUGCAGUUGGGGUGAUCACUGCAUCCAUACACGCGGCACGCUUAACGCUUGGAAGAAGAUUCCUGCCAAGGAAAAGUUCCUUGAGGUUCAUCAGUACCAGAAGUGGGAGUGGGCUACUACAGAAGAGUCGCUCGGGCGCCAGAAAGCCUUCCUUGAUAAGUACCUACUGGGAGAGACGAACGAAGUUCAGUUCUGGCCAACCGUCCGGUAUACUAUGAGGGAGCGAUAUUACGGGGGAGAAUGGCGCUCGGCCAAGUCGUUUCCGAUCGAGACCACCAAGUAUACGCGCUUCUUCCUAACGCCGUCCAAGGGUCUCAGUCGCCUUGCACAAGGAAAGGCACAGACACUUUCAUAUGAUGCCGAAGGGGGAGAAAUCGCAUUCGCUCUUCCCAUUACACAGACAUCACUGGAAUUUGCCGGUCACUCCAAGCUCCGUCUCUGGGUCGAAGCGAAGGGCGCCGAUAACAUGGAUCUCUUUAUUACUCUCCGCAAGCUGGACCGCGACGGUAACCAGGUCUUCUUUCCCUGGCUGACAGUUGUCGAUACCGGCCCCAUUGGCUUCGGCUUCUUGCGAGUGUCGCGCCGUGAGCUGGAUGAGAAGUCAUCGACACCUUACCAGCCUGUGCACAGUCACCAAAGGGACCUGCCCCUAGCAUCGGGUGAAAUUGUUCCCGUGGAUAUCGAGAUCUUGCCUACCAGCUGUCGUCUCAGACCUGGGGAGCGUCUUCAGGUUGUCAUUUCUAGCCACGAUUACGGCACUUAUCCGAAGAACAUACCCGUUUCGCGACACCCCAACACAGUGAACAAAGGCACGCAUGUCAUCCAUUUUGGUGGGCAGUAUGAUAGUCACCUCGUACUUCCUGUCAUCCCUCCGGUGGCAAACUCCUACUCCGAAAACAACAAGACCGUCAAAAUGGCCAUGUUGGCUUCGCGUGUAUCUGGCUGGAAGGAUGACAAGUUCUUGAACGAGUACACCGAGGUCCACGCUGGAAUGACACAAAAGAUUGCGGCUCAGGUUCCUGUUUUACGGAAUUACACCCAGGUUGUCGCAGUACCUAGACCGACUGUGCGGAUGAUCGGCACGGAGGCCUCAGCAUCAACACCGUGGGACUGCUCUACCAUUCUGGGUUGGUCGACUCUCAAAGCUCUAUGGGGUUCAUUCCAUGCCCCCGACUACAAGGCCUCUGCAGGAAGCCAUGUGUUUGUCGACGAGUCUAGUACCAUAGGGUUACUCUGCCAGUCGACAGUCGAUAUUGUCAUUGAUCCUGUGGAAUUUGAAAACCGCGAUAAGGACUCCGUCCUGAUGGUCUUCUACCUGGCGAAGAAUUCACAAGUGGCAAAGGAUCGACUCGGAGAAGACAUGUCUACAAGAGCGAGUGCCAUUGUUGAAGCCUCUAGCGGUACCAAGUUGCUGCGCUAUGCUUUGAACAAGAGCGUCACUCCUGAUGACACUAAUGAUUUCUUCGCCGACACGCCAUUUUUGGCCGCGGACUGGACCACGAUGGGAGCCAUGGAACAAUUUUGGUUCGCAGACAUGUAUGGAGCUACAGCCUUCCUCGAAGAUGAGAAGCGCAGGCGUGCGAUGGAGGAUCUCCCGGAAUCAUUUGACUUGCACAAGUCUGUGUUCUUGGUUGGUAGGGAAAACAGGGUGGUCACCAAAGACGUGGGGUUUUGA